ACGUGAGGGGCUGGUCACAUGAUAGCAGGAGCUGCCGGCCAGGCGCAGGGUCCCGCGGCUGCAGGGGGAAGAUGGGGCUGCCCGUGGGGCUGCUCCUGGGCGCCCUCCUGGGCGUGGGGCUGCUGGGGGCGGCCGCGGCCGGCUGCGGCUAUGAGUCCUGUCCGGCCACUAAAGCAGACAUGCUGAAUGUCCACUUGAUCCCUCACACGCACAACGACGUGGGCUGGCUGAAAACAGUGGAUCAGUAUUUUUAUGGAGCGCGUAACGACAUCCAGCAUGCUGGCGUGCAGUACAUCCUGGACUCCGUCAUCCCCCAGCUCCUGGCUGACCCCACUAAGCGCUUUAUCUACGUCGAGGUGGCCUUCUUCUACCGCUGGUGGCAGCUGCAGGCGGAGUCCAUGCGGCAGGCGGUGAGGCAGCUGGUCAGCGAGGGACGGCUGGAAUUUAUCAAUGGCGGCUGGUGCAUGAACGAUGAGGCGGCCACCUACUACAACGCCAUGAUCGACCAGAUGACGCUGGGGCUGCGCUUCCUACAGGAGACCUUCGGGGAGUGUGGCCGGCCCCGCGCCGCCUGGCACAUCGACCCCUUCGGCCACUCCCGAGAGCAGGCCUCCCUCUUUGCCCAGAUGGGCUUCGACGGCUUCUUUUUCGGCCGCCUGGAUUACCAGGACAAAGCCAACCGGGAGCAGCUGCGGGAGAUGGAGCAGAUCUGGAGAGCGAGUGCCAGCCUACAGCCACCCAGCGCCGACCUCUUCACCGGUGUCCUCCCCAACGGCUACAAUCCGCCCCUGUCCCUCUGCUGGGACCAGUUCUGCUCCGACAACCCCAUCGUGGACGAUGCGAGUGAUGAGAACAACGUCAACAGCCUGGUGGGGUAUUUCCUGGAAACCGCGGCUGCCCAGGCCAAGCACUACCGCACCAACCACAUCGUCAUGACGAUGGGCUCGGAUUUCCAGUACGAGAACGCCAACCUGUGGUACAAGAACAUGGACAAGCUCAUCAAACACGUCAACACGCAGCAACUCAACGGGAGCCAGGUUCACGUGCUCUACUCCACCCCCACCUGCUACCUGUGGGAACUCUUCAAAGCCAACCUGUCGUGGUCCCUCAAAUACGACGAUUUCUUCCCUUACGCUGACGGGCCGCACCAUUUCUGGACAGGCUACUUCACCAGCCGGCCGGCUUUCAAGCGCUACGAGCGACUGAGCAACAACUUCCUACAGGUUUGCAACCAGUUGGAAGCCUUGGCCGGUCCGGUGGCGAGGACGGGCCCCUACGGGGAAGGAGACAGCACCGUGCUUCGCCGGGCCAUGGCAGUGGCCCAGCAUCACGACGCCGUCAGUGGGACGGAGAAGCAGCACGUGGCUAAUGACUACGCCAAGCGCCUGGCUGCCGGCUGGGAUGCCUGCCAGGUCCUGGUCAGUAACGCUCUGGCCAGCAUCAGCGGCAACAAGGAGAACUUCAUCUAUUGCAACUAUCUCAAUAUCAGCCUGUGCCCGCUGACCGAAUCCGCCAGCACCUUCAUGGUGAUCCUCUACAACCCGCUGGGACGGCGUGUGAGCUGGAACGUCCGGCUGCCGGUGAAGGGAGCCGCGUAUUCGGUGACGGAUCCCAAUGGCCAGACGGUGCCGAAUGAGGUUGUCCCCGUCUCAAACUUCACCCGGGCGGUGAGACGAGACCGGGGAGACGCCACCCAUGAGUUGAUCUUCCCAGCCUCGGCCCCGCCCCUGGGCUACAGCUCCUACACCGUCUCGAAAACGGCCAGCAGGGACCUGCGCUCCAGGCUGGCCAAGCGGAUCCGGGAGCAGGCCCAGCCCCGGGUGGACGCCUGGUCCCCCAGGGGGAUCCAGAAUGAGCACCUCCGGGUUCUGUUCGACCCGGUCACUGGGCUCCUGAUGGAGAUUCAGAACCUGGACAAAAGCAUCUCGCUGCCUGUCUCUCAGAACUUCUUCUGGUACAACGCCAGCAUUGGCAAUGACGACAGUGCCCAGGCCUCCGGGGCAUAUAUCUUCAGGCCCAACCGCUCCGAGCCCCUCCGUGUGGCUGGGCGAGCCCACACGUACUUGGUGAAGAACAAGCUGGUGCAGGAGGUUUACCAGAACUUCUCUUCGUGGUGCUCGCAGGUGGUGCGGCUCUAUGCUGGGCAGGCCUAUGUGGAGCUUGAGUGGACGGUGGGGCCCAUCCCUAUAGACGACGGGCUAGGCAAGGAGAUCAUCAGCCGUUUCGAGACGUCCCUGCAGACGGACGGACGCUUCUACACAGACUCCAACGGGCGGGAGAUUCUGGAGCGGAGGCGGGAUUAUCGAGCCACGUGGAACCUGAGCCAGACGGAGCCGGUGGCUGGGAACUACUAUCCUGUUAACAGUCGCAUCUAUAUCAAGAACAAGAAGUUCCAGCUGACGGUGCUGACGGAUCGCUCGCAGGGGGGCAGCAGCAUGGCGGAUGGCUCCAUGGAGCUCAUGGUGCAUCGGCGGCUGCUCUACGACGACAACCGCGGGGUGGGGGAGCCCCUGCUGGAGCCUGGGGUCUACAACGACGGCCUGGUGGUGCGGGGCCGGCACCUCGUCUUCCUGGACACGGUGGAGUCUUCGGCUUAUCAGCACCGGCUGCAGGCCCAGCAGGAAUUCAUGGCACCCCAGCUCGUCCUGGCCCCGGGCGGGGGCCCUUCCUUCCACCGGGGGCAGCACAGCCUCAAGCAGUUCUCUGCUCUGAAGCAAGAGCUUCCCCCCUCCGUCCAUCUCCUGACGCUGGCCCAGUGGGACCCCAGCUCCAUCCUCAUCCGCCUGGAGCACCAGUUUGAGAGAGGGGAGAGCGCCAACGGCUCCCAGCCCAUCACUGUUGACCUGCUGCACCUGUUCUCCUCCUUCACCAUCACCUCCCUGCAGGAGAUGAACCUGGUGGCCAACCAGAAGCGAGAGGCCAUGAAGCGGCUCAGCUGGAGGCCAGCCACAGGUGCAGCGAGGCGCCAGCCCUACCCUCCGCUUGACCCGCUGGGAGUCACGCUGCAGCCCAUGGAGAUUCGCACCUUCCUGGCCACCAUCCGGUACGCGGGCCCCAGUGGGGGCCAGGCCGAGCUGUAAGGGGAGCCAGCCCCCUACCUCCGUCCCAGGAUCAAGCCGCCCAGGUGGAGCCCUGAACUGCUGCCCCCCUACUCCGCCAGGUGGGGCCCUGCCCACCUGAGAACUGGACUUGGGGGAGGCACAUCCUGGCUGCUGGGAGGCUUGGAAGAGACUUGCCUUGAAAAGCCACCCAGCUUUGGGGGAAAGGGGGCAGAGUCCAGCCCCCCCAUAACUCCUCAGCACAGCCUCUGAUUUCUACCCACCUGCCCCUUCAGCCUGAGGCUGGGGUAGUGGGGGUGUAAGUGCCACUGUUAAUAAACAAGGACCUCAGUCUA